AUGGAGGCGGAGGUCGAUAAGCUGGAACUGAUGUUCCAGAGCUCUGAUCUGGAUUACAUUCAAUACAGGCUGGAAUAUGAAAUCAAGACUAGUCAUCCUGAUACAGCAGGCAGGAGAAAUCCAGUUACCUUCUUAAAGGAAUUGUCAGCAAUAAAGUCUCGAUAUCAAACUUUGUAUGCCCGCUUUAAACCAAUUGGUAUAGAACAGAAAGACAGUAAGAACCGCAUUUGUGCUGUCAAUAAGACGAUGACCAUGAUACAAGAACUACGAAAGCAAACAGAUGUGGAGCUGUCACCACUGACUAAAGGAGAGAAAACUGCAGCAGAGCAAUUAAAAUCUUUUGUUCUGACUGAUGAAGAAGUGGGCUUGCAAAAGGGAAUUCUAAUGGAGAGGAGAUCCAUCCCAGAAAGAUUUAAGAAGAUGUCUUGUUAG